AUGGCAUUUUAAAUAUAAACAGUGUUUUAAGGAAAAGGAAUAGAUUUGGAAAAUAAAUUACUCUAAUAAAAAACCUGCAAGUUAUUAGGGUUUUUAAAGUAUGGCUAGAGAUUGUAUUUGAGUGAAAUUACAAUUUAAUUAAAUGAGAAAUUGGAACUUUUACUUAUUAAAGACGGAGAGAUAUUGAAAAUGUAUAAAAAAUUGAAUUCAUAUAUUAGUUAAAAAUAUAUAGCUUCAAAUUCAAUAGAAAAUAUAAAUUAAAACUUUGAGUAACUUAAAAGAUUAUUUUGGGUUGGCAAAACUAAUUGUUAGGGAUAAAAGAUAGGUAAAUGGAAUGCAGUUUGGAGAGGUGAAAAGCUUAAGGUAGGGGGAUAUUAUAAUGAUGAAGGAGAAAAAUCAGGAAAUUGGAUUGAACUAUUUGAAAAUUAUUGGGAGUAAUCUAACAUCAAUAAAAUAGUAAAGCAUAGGUAACAUAUGAAGGAGUAUAUGAUAAUGGAAAGAAAAAAGGAUAAUGGACAAUUUUUUAAAAGGAUAUUGAGAUGUAUAUUUGAUUUGAUUAUAAGUGGAGGAGGAAUGUAUAAUAUUGAGGGAGAAAAAACAGGAGUAUGGAUUGAGGCUUUUGAAAAUUAUAGUAGGUUUUAAUUCUAAUAUUUUAAAGUUGGUGCAAACUUAGAUAAAUUGGAAAAUAUUAGAAUGGAAAGAAAGUAGGAGAAUGGACUCAAAUUUAUAGGAAUAAAAUAAUGUUUAUUAUGAUUAUUUAAUAAUUAGAGGAUUUGGAACUUAUAAUGAUAAUUAAAUAAAGGUUGGAAAUUGGGUUGAUUUAUAUGAAAAUUUCUUUGAGUAUUUUCACUAAAUAUUUAAGUUGGGGUUAGAUAACAUAUAAAGGGAAGUAUUCAAAAGGUAUUAAAAUUGGAAAUUGGCAAACAUUUUAGGAAGAUAAAAAAAUGUAAAAUAUUUUUUAUAUAUCAUACAGAGGAGGUGGGAAUUAUAAGGAAGGAGGAGUAAAGGAUGGGGAAUGGAUUGAGAUUUCUAAUAGAAAUCAUGAGAUAACAUAUAUAGGAUAAUACAAGAAUGGAAAAGGAUAUAAAUAAUUAUAUAUUUCUCAUAAGAAUGAUAUAAUGUAUAGAUUGAAAUUCAUUUUAUAGAGGAGGAGGUACUUAUAAUGACAAUGGUAUGAAAAAUGGAAAAUGGGUUGAGUUGCAGGAUAAUUAUUAUGAGUAAUUUAUAAUUCAUUAAAUGAAAAGUUUUGGUAAGGUAAUUUAUGAAGGAAUGUAUAACAAUGAAAAAAAAAUAGGAAAGUGGCAGGGAAUAUAUAAUAAAAAUCCUAUGUAUAAAAUAGAAAAGGUUUAAUUCUAGAUGUUAAGGAGAAUAUUCAUUUGACACUAAAAUUGGUAUUUGGACUGAGUUACACGAACAUUUUUAAAAGUAUCUAUGAUAAUUAUAAUAUCAGUGGAUGUUAAGUUAAAUAUAAAGGAGAGUAUAAAAAUGGAAAGAAAUUUAAAAAAUGGGAUACAAUAUAUUAAUAUGAUAUUAUGUAAGAAAUUAUAGCAUUUAAUUAGAGGAGGAGGUUUUUAUGAUGAAAAUGAAUUAAAAAAUGGAAAAUGGAUUAUAUUAGAUGAAAAUUUUGAUAAGUAUUUAAUUAAAUAAGGAAUCAGUCUUUGUAAAGUUAUAUGGAGUGGAUAAUUCAAAAAUGGAAAAAAGAUUGGAAGAUGGGAGAUUAUUUAUAAGGAUAAAAUUAUGUAAUUAUAAAAAUUAUCGAGAAUAGAGGAGGAGGAACAUAUGAUUAAAAUGGUAUUUAAUAAGGGUAAUGGAUUGAAUUGCAUCCAAUAUUUUGGGAGUAAACAUUUGUUAAAUAUGAAGUUAAUAAAUGAUAACAUAUAAUGGAGUUUAUUGGAAUGGAAUAAAGGUUGGUUAUUGGUAGAUGAAUUAGUAGAAUAUUAAAAUGUAGAAUAGUAAUAUUAUUAAUAGUGGUGGAGGUUUUUAUGAUGACAAUGGAAUGAAGUAAGGAAAAUGGAUAGAAUUGGCUGAAAAGUUUUUAUAGUAAUAUAUUUACAAUAAAAUAGAGCAAAUUUAUAUGUUAUUGGAGAAUAUAUUGAUUCAAAAAAAUAUGGAAAAUGGGAGGCAAAUUUAAAUAUGAAAUUAAUGUAUGAUUUUAUUUAAAUAUUUAGAGGUUAUGGUUUUUAUGGUAAUGGAUAUAAAAAUGGAAAUUGGAUUGAUAUAAAUGAUCCAUAUUUAAAGUUUGAAAUAUUAUAAUAAUUUUGGAUAGCACUUUACUUAGUUACAUAGGGAAGUAUGAUAAUGGAAAGAAAAAAGGGAAUUGGGACACAUUUUAUAAUUAUAAUAAAAUGUAAUUAAAUUAAAUAAUUAAUUAGUGGAGGAGGUUUAUAUGGUGAAAAUGGGUUGAAAAAUGGUAAAUGGAUUGAAAUUGAUGGAAAUGUGAAUAUAAGAAAUAAGGAGUAAAAUAUAAAGGAGAUGGAAUAUCAAAAUGAUGUAAUGAAAUAAUGA